GGUCGUCUUUUCUUAUGGCGGAACACUUACCGAAAAUGUAGGAAGUUCUGAAAUAGACCCAGAUGGAUGAGCUAGAGAUCCAACUAAUAUAAAAAAAUGAUUCCAGUGGUUAAUUUGGCGCCAUAUUCAUUAUUGGGAACAGAGAAGGAAGUGGACACCUCUACACUACGUAAACUGGCCGAAGAGAUAUGCCAUGCUUUUCAAGACGUUGGCUUUGUCUAUUUGAAAAAUCAUGGAAUACCAGAACAAUUGAUCAGUGACGUGUUUACAUCAUCUAAAACGUUUUUUGAUCAAUCAGAAGAAAUAAAACAAAAAUACGCCAUUCCUCGAGGAGAAUUUCACGGCUAUAUCUCAUUUGAGGAAGAGAAAGUCAAUCAUGACAGACCAGUUUCUGAUGCUCGAGAAGGUUACACUAUGCUAGUUUCCAAGGAUGGUACAAUGCCCAAAAACAUGCCACCAGAAAUAAGUUCCACAUUCAAAGAAAUGUACAUUACGUGUACAAAAUUAGCAUGGCGGAUAUUGGAUCUUCUCUCUACUGGAUUGAACAAGGACAGAGAAUACUUGAGACAGUUUCACAGAGGAAUAUGUGUCGAGGGAAAUAACACAAUGCUUAGAUCAAACUACUACCCACCUCUCAAAGAGAUAAAGAAGGACCAGGCCAGAUGUGGAGAACAUUCGGAUUAUGGCACCGUAACAUUUCUAUUUCAAGACGAUGUAUCAGGUCUAGAAGCAAAAGGUCCUAGUGAUGAAUACCACCCUGUGCCGCCCGUUGAGGGUACAAUCGUUAUGAACAUCGGAGAUAUGAUGCAAAGAUGGAGUGCUGAUACAUUAAAGGCUACGAAACACAGAGUUGUUGUACCACAAGAAGUUAAGGACAGAGAGAAAACAAGGCAGUCAAUUUCAUUUUUUGUCGUUCCUGACGAUGACGCCAUUAUUACGUGUACAGACGGAUCAGAUAAAUAUCCACCAAUCAGAUGCCUGGACUACGUCAAAACAAAUUUUGAUGCCAACUUUUGAAGAAAAUUGUUUCAAAUGAAUUUAUUCCAAUUCAUGCAUGCCAUAAAAGAAUAUCAUCCAACUUUG